CUGCCCUCCCCGGCCGGCAGCCUGCCCCCCCCGGCCUCCCUGCCCCCGCCGGCCGACCAGCAGCCGCACAGGACCACCAACUUCUUCAUAGACAACAUCCUGCGGCCGGACUUCGGCUGCCGGAAGGAGCCCGGCGCGCGCGAGAGGGCGCAGACCUCCGGGCGGGAGCGCGCGCGCCCGGCGGGCGGCAGGCCGGGCCGGGCCGGGACUCCGGGCCCGGACUCCACCUGCAGCAGCGACCCCAGCUCCCCCCCCUCCUCCGCCGCCUCCAGCCCCAGGAAGAGCGGCGGCGGGGGGGCGGCGGCCCCCUCCGAGGCCGGCGGGGCCGUCAAGGCCGAGGAGAGGGCCGCCGGCGGCGGGGGGGCCGCGGAGGACGGCGGCUCCUCGCUGGUGGUGCUGAGCGGGGCCGGGACCCCCACCCCGGAGAGCCAGCCGCUGCUGUGGCCGGCCUGGGUCUACUGCACCCGCUACUCCGACAGGCCCUCAUCUGAUGUGCUGGAUGUGAGCAGACAGCAGCUCAGAGGAUCAAUAACGCCACCGGCACUGGGUUCCACUGUCUCAUGCGGAGAGAAAAUCCAUGGAAAGAAGCUCAGCAAGGAGCUUUCAGAGGCUCGCCUUGGAUUUGAAGGAGCAGGAGUGAAGGUGGAGGACAGACAGAGGACGGCAGCCUUUGGGAAUACCUGCAGACACAGCGUGGCCAUGCUGGAUCAGGGAGGGGCUGAAACAACAAAAAGCUCCUCACCAGGUAGUCUGCGGCCCCGCACAGACACAGUCAGAGCCGCUUACACAACCUGUCAUCAUGAAGGGCCCCCAGAAGGGCCCAGGCAGCCCUGGGCCAUCCUCAGGCCUCCACAGGUUUCUGAUCCCCAAUCAGAGCCAACGCAGAACGGGGAGAUGGAUGAUGGGUCAAGACUAAUUCUUUCAAUCAGCCACUGUGAGGAUGUGCAGGCACUGAGAGGCCACGGGGAUAUUGAAUCUGAAGACUUUCCAAAGGCGGGGUGCAGCUCUCAGACACUCACAUGCGAGGCUGGGAGCAGCAAAGGUCAGGCCGGGCUGCCCUUUGAGGCAGAGCAGGCUGGAAUCCUGAGUGUGGACAACUACGGCAGCAGACGCCUGCUGGACCCUCCCCUCAGCUCUGUCAGAGGCCUGAUGCUAUCAGCGCCCGCCCCCUGCUCAGCUCAGGAGAGGAGGGCUGGGAGCUGUGAGGAGCGAGGCCAGGCAGGGGGGGCCGUGGUGACCUGUCCGGUGGCUGGGAACCCCUUACCCACACACGGGCAUCUGCCCCACCCAGAGGGCCACCAUGUGCUCCGCAUCCACUCUAAGACUAGGACUAAAAAGUCCCAGGUCCCCAGGAGCUUUUACCCCCGGUUACCCCCAUCAAACCCUGGUGGCCACAGAGGUCUUCAGGGUCCAGCUCCAGUCCCCCUGAACCCUCUCAGAGCUCUGUGGCUUCAUCCCAGACUGAGGGGAUGCAGCAGGUCUAAGAAGAGAGAAGACAGAGGCUGGAGAAUAGCAUGGGCUGAAGCAGGAAGCUGGGAGGAUGUGGAGCAGAUCCAGCAGAUCCCUGGACCAGCAAUAGAGCCAUGGCCUGUCCAGAAGAAGCACCAGUAG